AAAAGUAUUAUGAGUCAAUAAAAUGCAAACGACUAGGUGAGAAACUUUAACAUGUUGUAGGCUAAUAGGCUAUUUUGGUUGGUUAUAGCGAGACUGGUCAUUGCCUUGUGAUUACGAACAGAAACCGAAUACCGAAACGAAACCGAAAGCAGGAGUUUACUGGAAAUAACUAUUGUACCUUGCUAUAUGUUUGUCAGCAUCAUACGCGACUUCAGUGCGUCAGUUGAAGACUGUCGAUAAGUCACGGAUAAGUGCUUGAAAAUGGCUUCUGAUCCUAAUACUGAUGAAGCUUUACGCUUUAACAGUCUCGUAGAAUGUUUUAGAAAUAGACUGAAGAAUCUUAUUCAAGUUGAGCCUGUUUUAGAUCAUAUUCAUUUUAUUGAACGCGAACAGAAAGACCUUAUAUUACAUAAAGCUAGAACUGACGGCAAUUCGCGAGCAGCGGACCUCCUUAUUGAUACAGUCAUAAAGAAUCAACACCCAGCUGGCUGGAUUAGGGACUUUUUAAAUGCACUUGAGGCUGGUGGUUGUAAACAUGCGGCCCAAUAUGUGGACACGGAAGAUCUCCCUUCACCUUCCUUGGAAGCAAAUAAUGACUACGUUGUGCAACUUGUUGGUCUGCUUGUUCCUCGUCUCAUUGAUAUGAAGACAGAGGACGUAUGCAUGUUUUGUCGUGCGGAAGGUAUACUAACUGAGGAAGACAAGGAUAAUAUCAUGACUGAAACUCGAAAUCAUGGAAGCAUUAAGGGUGCACGUCUGCUUCUCAGAAGGAUUGCUGUCAAGCCUCCUGGCUGGUUUUCUUCAUUUCUUGAAGCACUGAAAAAGUCUGAACACUUCAAUCUAAUCCGAGAACUCACAGGAGCCACCACAACCAAAGACAAUGAAGAUGACACUGCUGCUGAGAGUGAGAAGCCUUGUGUGUUGAAGGAUGACGAUGAGCUUGCUGAAAAUCAAGAUAAACCGGAAGAGGACCCUGAAGUGACAGACACCAGCGUCUCCCUUGGAGAGAUGUCAUUGGAUAGUAGCGGCCUUCUCACUGACCCUGACAGCUCCAUCGAAGUUUCCUCUAGAGAUACAGAUGUGGAUCUCUACUGUGGGUGUGCUGAAGAAACAGAAAAAAACAAGGAGCAAGAGAGCCCUGAUGAAGCCUCUGAGCCAGGGUGCAGUGAUGGGGGAGCGGCAGCUGAAGAGCCACUGGACACUGAUAUUGUCCUUCGGGAUUAUCAGAUGACAGUUGCAAUACCUGCCAUGGAGGGAAAAAACAUCAUCAUAUGCCUCCCAACAGGAAGUGGUAAAACCAGAGUUGCUGUUUAUAUUACGAAAGAACAUCUGGACUCCAGGGCACAGCUAGGACUGCCGGGGAAAGUGGUCGUCCUGGUUAACAAGGUGCCUCUGGUGGAGCAGCACUACAUCAAGGAGUUUGGAAAGUAUCUGAAGCGGCACUAUCGCGUUGAGAGGGUCAGUGGCGACUCCCAGCUGAAAAUCUCCUUCUCAGAGAUUGUGGCAAAAAAUGACAUCAUCAUCUGCACAGCGCAAAUCCUGGAAAAUGCCUUCAAAGUGGCAAAAAGCUUUGACGAAGAUGAAGGUGUCCGUCUUUCAGAUUUCUCCCUGAUGGUGAUUGACGAGUGCCACCACACGCAGAAGGGUGAGGCAUACAACCACGUGAUGAUCCGCUACCUGAGGCAGAAACUGAGGAAUGAUAAACUCAGGAAAGUGCAGGAGGCUGAGAAACCCAUACCCAUUCCCCAGAUCCUGGGACUGACAGCCUCGCCCGGCGUCGGUGGGGCCAAGAACCCGCAGAAAGCUGAGGAGCACAUCCUGAAGAUCUGUGCAAAUCUGGAUGCUUUCAAAAUCAUGCCACCGGCCGGACAACUAGGAGACAUGAAAGGCCCAUACAAAUAUGUUGCUAGAGCUGAACAGAGAAGAGAGGAUCCUUUUGGAGAUGUGAUUAAAGGAAUUAUGAAUGAAAUACAUGCACAUGCAGAACUGUCCCCAUCCUGUGACCUUGGCACCCAAAACUAUGAGCAGUGGGCGGUGCAAAAUGAGCAAAAUGCUGCAAAAGAAGAAAACCAAAAGGUGCGAGUCUGUGCCGAGCACCUGCGGCAGUACAAUGAGGCCCUGUAUCAAAACAACACCAUCAGAAUGUCUGACGCCUUCAACUUCCUCUGCAAAUACCAUGACCAAGAGGUCAAAAAGAAAAUGGCCCCAGAGGAGGAAGAAGCCAUAGGUCUCACAGACACUGAGAUAUUCCUCUUCAAUCUGUUUACAGUUAAAAAGAAGAAACUGCAAGAAGUGGCGAGUAAGCCUGAGUUUGAGAACAAUGGCCUUUCCACGCUGAGGAUCUCCAUCCUGAAAGAGUUUACAAACAGGCCUGAGGCAAGGGGCAUCAUUUUCACCAAGACCCGCCGGAGCGCCAUCGCGCUGCAACAGUGGAUUCAGGAAAACAAGAAGUUUGAGGACACGGGGGUCAAGGCCAGCUAUUUAAUCGGAGGGGGUGACCAGAGUGUGGUGAAACCUAUGACUUCCAAGGAACAAAGGGAUGUUUUGACGAAGUUUCGCACAGGAGAAAUCAACUUGCUCAUUGCAACAACAGUUGCUGAAGAGGGCCUUGAUAUAAAGGAGUGCAAUUUGGUUAUCAGAUAUGGUCUGGUAACAAACGAGAUCGCCAUGAUUCAGGCCAGAGGGAGAGGGAGAGCAGAAGACAGCAGCUACAUUUUGGUCGAAGUGGAGGGAUCUGGGGUGGCCGAGAGAGAGACCGUGAAUGAAUUCCGUGAGAAGAUGAUGAGCAAAGCCAUCAAGAGGGUUCAAAGUUUAGAUCGAAAAGUGUACGAAAAUAAAGUGAGGGAGCUACAGCUGCAGGCCAUAAUGGAAGAGCGCGUUCGCACCCAGAAGAAGAAGCAGAAGGUGAUGAAUAAGGAGGAUCCUUCAAGGGUCAGCUUCAGCUGCCGAAACUGCAGCACCAAGGUGUGCACCGGUGAAAACAUCGAAAAAAUUGAGAAUAUGCACCACGUGAACGUGACCGACGACUUCAAGGAGCUGUUCAUUGUUCGAGAAAAUACGUCUCUGCAGGAGAGGCUUCUGGGAUAUAAUACAAACAGCACCAUUGCCUGCAAAGGCUGCGGGAAUACGUGGGGUUCCAUGAUGCUGUACCGUGGGAUUGACUGUCCUUGCCUUAACAUCAAGAAGUUUGUGGUGACAUACAACAACAAGCAGAACACAUAUGACCAAUGGAGUGAACUGGCCAUCCGAUUCCCAGCAUUCGAUUAUUGCAAACAUGUUGACUUGGUUGCUGGCAAUUCUGAGGAUGAUGAUGAUUAAAUGAUAACCCCGACACCAGUCAACAAAAGUGUAGUCACUACAAGUACAUUGAGACAGGGUUGGAAUUUGUUUUUUCCCAAAAGGCACAAAUAUGUAAUAUUCAAGUAAACAUGCUUUUUCAGGCUUCAGUACAUAUAUAACAAUAUAACAAAACAGUACAAUAUAAGGGCAGGUGAAACAGAAAGUCCCAUGACACUGUCCUGUUGGGUUGGAGCUUCUUUCCAGGUUUCUGAAGGUAACAGGACAUGUGUAUAUAUUUGUAUAUCAAUCUCAUUUGUAUGUUCGUGCUGCCUUUUUGGAAACGCUUUUGCAUAUAUUUUUUCUCCUAGUUCAAACUGUUUAAUGAACUACUUGAAUUAAUAAGGCUGCAUCUCCUGACAAUUAUCAUUUUUUCUUCAACCAGAGAUAUUUGGGCUUCCAUAUCUGAGCGUAGCAGCAAAGAUUGCCUCACUGUUUCUUUGAACCUUUUUUCUCCCAGUAAUGUGUUGCAGUGUCUCCUUGCUCCUCAGGGAUGGAUACUGUUUCAGUCUUUUUUUAUUUUCUCAAUCACUGAUGCAUAUUUACACCAAGACGCUCACAUCUCAAGGUCAUUUUGAUUUAUAAAAGAAAAGGUAUAGGAUAGAACUUCUGCUGGUGUGGGUCUAAAAUUGAAGAGGUAACCUUUAGCGUAAAGCUGUAUAGAAGUUUAAUUGUGGAUUUUAGAUAAGUUGCAGUGAGGGUUGAAAGUUCUGGCUACAGGUGGCUCAUUCCUUUAAGGCAUGUUGUGAUGCAAGGAUGAGCCCUGGUAGCUCUGUAGUAAUGUGAAAGUGGAGAUUGUGUCAUCUAGGGUAUGUUUUUUUGUUUUUGUAUUUUAAAGGUUUUUUUCAAAAAGGCAGUUCGGAAAAUGGAUGUUUGAAUAUGGGAGCUAUUGGGAUUUUUAGCAGUAAAAUUUGAUUCUUUGGUUACCCGGGGUUUCUCUGCUCAAACACUUCAACUAUAUUGGCUUUUAUUGGAUUGUUACCCUUUCAUUGUGACAAUCUGCCUCGGUUUGACUCAAUUUUGAUUGUAGUAAAAUUCAAAAUUUUCAUCAGGAAAAGUUUCCUUUUGAAUAUAAUUGAAACACUUUACAUAACAAGACUUAAAACGGGUCCCCUUGUUGAAAAUGAUAGAAAGGUGGGAUCUAAAGAUAAGGUCAAGAUUAUCCUCCCAUUUGUUUCUUUUUUUAAUGAAUAUGAAAAAUUGCAUGGGCUACUGCUGAUCAAGCCAAGUACUAGUGUACGUUGAUUCUGUUUUUAUUCAGCACCUGCUAUACUCAAUAUUUAAGAUCUGCUCAAAUCACCAAUAAAUUCUACAGUACAUAGCAUGCAGUGAACCGGUGUCAGGUGAAUUGUAGAAAUAAUGAAUAAUGAUCAAGUGCCAAGUAUGUUGAACUAAGAAAAAUAAAACAAUGGCAACAAAUAUCUA